ACAAUAUUAAGGUUACACCCAGGCGUGCCAGGCUCGGAAGCCUCAGUGCUGACCGAUGUAAGGCGGCGAGGAAGGGACCCGGAGCAAUGGCUUUUCCUGAGCCAAAGCCGCGGGGCCCGGAGCUGCCGCAGAAAAGGUUGAAGACGCUGGAGUGCGGACAGGGAGCGGUGCGAGCCGUGCGAUUUAAUGUGGAUGGCAAUUACUGCCUGACGUGCGGCAGCGACAAGACCCUGAAGCUGUGGAACCCGCUGCGUGGGACGCUGCUGCGAACGUACAGCGGCCAUGGCUACGAGGUGCUGGACGCGGCCGGCUCCUUUGACAACAGCAGUCUCUGCUCCGGCGGCGGGGACAAGGCGGUGGUGCUGUGGGAUGUGGCAUCGGGGCAGGUCGUGCGUAAAUUCCGGGGUCACGCAGGGAAGGUGAACACGGUGCAGUUUAAUGAAGAGGCCACGGUCAUCCUGUCCGGCUCUAUCGAUUCCAGUAUCCGCUGCUGGGACUGCCGCUCUCGGAGGCAUGACCCAGUGCAGAAGCUGGAGGAAGCCAGGGAUGGCAUAUCUAGUGUGAAGGUGUCAGACCAUGAGGUCCUAGCAGGCUCUGUGGAUGGCCGGGUGAGGCGGUAUGACCUGAGGAUGGGGCAACUCUUCUCAGACUACGUGGGCAGCCCCAUCACUUGCACCUGCUUCAGCCGGGACGGGCAGUGCACCCUGGUGUCCAGCCUGGACUCCAAGUUGAGACUUCUAGACAAGGACACGGGGGAACUACUAGGGGAGUACACAGGCCAUAAGAACCAAGAGUACAAGCUGGACUGUUGCCUGAGUGAGCGUGACACACACAUAGUCAGCUGCUCCGAGGAUGGGAAGGUGUUCUUCUGGGACCUAGUGGAGGGUGUCCUGGCACUGACCCUGCAAGUGGGUCCUGGUGUGGUGCAGUCACUGGCCUACCACCCCACAGAGCCCUGCCUGCUGACUGCCAUGGGGGGCAGCAUCCAUUGCUGGCGGGAAGAGGCCUACAAGGCUGAGAGUGACACAGGCUGAAGCCAGAGGACCACCACCAAGGACACAGUCGCAGACUCUAGACCACUGAGACCAUUUAUUCCAGACAUGCUACUGACCAAGGAGUGAGGGAAGGGCCAGGUCUGCAAACUAAUAAAUAGGGGG